AUGAACCACGAGGGCGGCGGCGGCGGUGGAGGCGGCGGCAGCACCAAGUCGUCGACGCCGCGCGCCCUGGCGGAGCCCUCGCCCGAGGAGUCCGUCGAGCUGGAGGAGCUAGAGCAGUUCGCCAAGGCCUUCAAGCAGCGGCGCAUCAAGCUGGGCUUCACGCAGGGCGACGUCGGGCUGGCCAUGGGCAAGCUGUACGGCAACGACUUCUCCCAGACCACCAUCUCGCGGUUCGAGGCGCUCAACCUGUCCUUCAAGAACAUGUGCAAGCUGAAGCCGCUGCUGCAGAAGUGGCUGGAGGACGCCGACAACUCGUUCAGCAACCCCAACAGCCUGAGCAGCCCGCUGACGACCCCCGAGGCCAUCGGGCGGCGCCGCAAGAAGCGCACGUCCAUCGAGACGUCCACCAGGGUGGCCCUGGAGCGGGGCUUCAUGGCCAACCCCAAGCCCUCGUCCGACGAGAUCUCCAUGCUGGCGGACAACCUGGGCAUGGAGAAGGAGGUGGUGCGGGUGUGGUUCUGUAACAGGCGACAAAAGGAGAAGCGCAUCAACCCGCCCCCCAACUCGGCCCUGGGCGGCGGAGGCGGCGGGGGCGGCAGCCUCAGCCCCCCGCCUCUCGGCGCGGCCAUCGGCCCCCCUUCCCCCACCGCCGCCCCCAGCUCUCUCUUCAGCGGGGAUUGUAUUGGUGAAAUAUUGAUUAAUUAUUUAAGACAUUCAAAGAAUGGCCCUAUCAAGAAAGGUUGUUUCACAAUUAUGAGUUACACAUUCCAUGUAGUAACAUUUUAA